ACCGCUCCCGAUCUCAGAUGGUCACAUGAUUUCGCUGUGUGACAGGAAGAAAGAUGGCGGCCCACUUGUCUUACGGCAGAGUGAAUCUGAACAUUUUACGUGAAGCUGCUCGCAAAGAACUCCGAGAAUUCUUGGAUAAAUGCGCUGGAAGCAAGGCCAUCGUCUGGGAUGAAUAUCUAACGGGACCCUUCGGCUUAAUUGCUCAGUAUUCCUUACUGAAGGAACAUGAAGUGGAGAAGAUGUUUACACUCAAGGGAGGGCGUCUUCCUGCAGCUGAUGUUAAAAACAUAAUCUUCUUCGUUCGGCCCAGAUUGGAGUUAAUGGACAUAAUUGCGGAGAAUGUCCGUAGCGAGGACAAGCUGCGGUCCCCGCGUGACUUCCACAUCCUGUUCGUGCCGCGGCACAGCCUGCUGUGCGAGCAGCGCCUGAAGGAGCAGGGCGUGCUCCAGUCCUUCACCAACAUCGACGAGUACAUCCUGGACCUGAUCCCCUACGACGGAGACCUGCUGUCCAUGGAGUCAGAGAGCGCGUUCAGGGAGUGUUACCUGGAGAACGACCAGACCAGCCUGUACCACACGGCCAAGGGCCUGAUGACCCUGCAGGCCCUCUACGGUACCAUCCCCCAGAUCUUCGGCAAGGGCGAGUGUGCCCGGCACGUGGCGAACAUGAUGCUGAGGAUGAAGAGGGAGUUUGCGGGCAGCCAGACGCAGAUCCUGCCCGUGUUCGACACGCUGCUGCUCCUGGACCGCAACGUGGACCUGCUGACGCCCCUGGCCACGCAGCUCACCUACGAGGGCCUCAUCGACGAGAUCUACGGCAUCACCAACGGCCAGGUGAAGUUGCCUCCAGAGAAGUUUGCGCAGAAGAAGCAGGGUGAGGGGGGGAGGGACCUGCCCACUGAACCCAAGAAGCUGCCGCUCAACUCGGCCGAGGAGCUGUACGCUGAGAUCCGCGACAAGAACUUCAACGCCGUGGGCGCCGCUCUCAGCAAGAAGGCCAAGAUCAUCUCCGCCGCCUUCGAGGAACGCCACAACGCCAAGACGGUGGGCGAGAUCAAGCAGUUUGUGUCCCAGCUGCCUCACAUGCAGGCAGCGCGGAGCUCCCUGGCCAAUCACACCUCGAUCGCUGAGCUCAUCAAGGACAUCACCACCUCGGAAGCGUUUUUUGACAACCUGACGGUGGAGCAGGAGUUCAUGACUGGAGUGGACACAGACAAGGUAAACACCUACAUCGAGGACUGCAUCGCCCAGAAGGACCCCUUGAUCAAGAUCCUGCGCCUGGUGAGCAUGCAGUCUGUGUGUAACAACGGGCUCAAGCAGAAGGUUCUGGACCACUACAAGAGGGAGAUCCUGCAGACAUAUGGCUACGAACACAUCCUGACCCUGAGCAACCUGGAGAAGACUGGUCUCCUGAAGCCUCAGACCAGCACGCGGAACAGUUACCCGACCAUCCGGAAAACCCUCAAGCUGUGGAUGGAAGACGCCAAUGAGCAAAACCCCAACGACAUCUCGUACGUGUACAGCGGCUACGCCCCGCUCAGUGUGCGUCUGACGCAGCUGCUGGCUCGGCCCGGCUGGCGCAGCAUCGAGGAGGUGCUGAAGAUGCUCCCCGGCCCUCACUUUGAGGAGCGCCAGCAACUCCCCGCCGGCCUCCACAAAAAGCGCCAGCAGGGGGAGAACAGGACCACGCUGGUGUUCUUCCUGGGGGGCGUGACCUACGCGGAGAUCGCGGCUCUGCGCUUCCUGUCGCAGAUGGAGGACGGCGGGACUGAGUACAUCAUCGCCACCACCAAGCUACUCAACGGGACCAGCUGGAUCCGGUCCCUGAUGGACCGGCUGGAGACGCUGCCCUUCUGAGCACCUGGGCCCCCCCCCCCCGUCAGUGUGUCGGGCAGGGAUCAGCAACUGACGGUCCUUGAGGGCUGAGAACCGCUAUCUUAUCUAUCCUGCUAUCUAUUCUACGCUCCCUUUACCUGGGAGUCAGGUGUGAAGACAGUCUGGCCAAUGUUAGCACUAAUUACCCGUGAGAAAGGAAAACCAGGACUGGAUUCGGAUUUGGGGGCCAGAGUUGAUGAUCCCUGCUGUGUGGUGACCAGCUGGAUGUUCAGUGAAGAAAUGUAGGUCGAGUACCUUUACUGGGGAGUACUGGGGCACGUGAGACUUACUGGACAGUGUGGAAAUGAACAGGAUUGUUCACAGCAAACAGACAUGGAUGAAGUCUUAAAUGGUGGAGGGGAGGCAGGAGGGGCUGAUGUCACUGUCUGGCCUUGGGGGACAAAAGGUGUAAAUGUGGGACAGGACCACACAAAGCGGGAACAUCUGGUCACCUAAAUUCGUAUGGCUGUGUGACUGCAUUGCUGCCCCUUUCAGCUAAGGUUGCUUUCUGUGUGCCGCUGUGGUCCAGAAUCAGUUUACCCAAACCCACCCCCAAGCCCCAGCCAUCAUGUGAAACCCACUGCAGCUGAUCCUGGAUCAGCAGUUGGGACGGGUUGGCUUAACCUUUCCCAACACCUGCUUGAUUCCCUUAACCCCUGGACUUCAGGUUCUUAAAAAAAAAUUCUUAAUCCCUGUUACCAUAGUUACUGGUCCUGUUUGCGUGAGACCCGUGCCUUUGUGCACAUGCCCUGCUUACAACUGUUGUUGUUGUGUUUUGUGUUAGCUGGAGAAACACUGCGGAAGUGUCGAUAAACAGGGAAUGUGUGAAUAUUUCGCAGAGAAUGUGUGAGCGAGAACGAUCUGAAAACGUGCUAGAAUUACGGCACUUUGUGGUCGAUGUGUUCAAGCGCUGAUACCCUGCGAACCUGUUGUCUGCUCUCGGUGAAACUCGGAUACUGCCUCUUUUCCAUUAGCCAAAGCCACAAUGACUGUUUAGAUUUGAUCAAGAUCUUGUAAAUAAAAUGCAUUAUUGAACAUAAAA